CGGCUGGCACCGGCCGCCUUCGCGCUCGCCGGCUCCUCCGAGGCGGCCGGGGAGGCGCACCGGCGGCGAAAAGGCGCGCGUCCUCUCCCGACUCCUCGCUUCCUAGUGCGCCCCGGCCUCGCGAAUUCGGCGAGUUAUUGUGUCUCUGGCCCGGCGCCCGAAUUCGUGUCUCGGGCUGCUCUCCCCGCCCCGGAUUGCGUUCCAUUCUUUCUCCGCCGGAGCACGCCGAGCGCGCCAGCCGCGGCCGCAGCCAAGCCCCGCGGCCACCGUGCGCUCCCGGGGAGGUGCGGCGUCCCCCGGGGGGGAGGGGGGUCCCCCACGCUCCGGGUCACCCACGCACUUAGGAAUCUCAAGGGACUGUCAGCCGAAGUUUCUCCCCUCCCGCCGACCGAGCGAGCGACAGGGCUGUGGCCCCCCUCCCCUCCCUUCCCUCCCUCCCUCCCAUCCCCCCCUCCCCGAGACCCACCGGACCCCGAAGCCAGGGUGACACUUCCCAAGUCUCCUCCGUCCUCACCCCCGGCACCAUGCAUCGGACCACACGGAUUAAAAUCACGGAGCUGAAUCCUCACCUCAUGUGUGCCCUCUGUGGGGGUUAUUUCAUCGACGCCACCACCAUUGUGGAGUGCUUGCAUUCCUUCUGCAAAACCUGCAUCGUGCGCUACUUGGAGACCAACAAAUACUGCCCCAUGUGUGACGUCCAGGUCCAUAAAACCCGGCCGCUGCUGAGCAUCAGGUCAGACAAAACCCUCCAGGACAUUGUCUACAAGUUGGUGCCUGGGCUUUUUAAAGAUGAGAUGAAACGGCGGCGGGACUUCUAUGCGGCGUACCCCCUGACGGAGGGUCCUCAGCCCCUUGCUCUCUCUCUGACCAACCCCUCUGAGCUGUCUCCUUCUACAGUCCCCAAUGGCUCCAACGAGGACCGCGGCGAGGUCCUAGAGCAGGAGAAGGGGGCUCUGGGCGACGAUGAGAUUGUCAGUCUGUCCAUUGAGUUCUACGAAGGAGUCAGGGACCGAGAGGAGAAGAAGAGCCUCGUGGAGAAUGGGGAUGGGGACAAGGAGAAGACAGGGGUGCGUUUCCUGCGGUGUCCAGCAGCCAUGACCGUCAUGCACCUCGCAAAGUUCCUCCGCAACAAGAUGGACGUACCCAGCAAGUACAAGGUGGAGAUCCUCUAUGAAGAUGAGCCCCUGAAGGAAUAUUACACCCUCAUGGACAUAGCCUACAUCUACCCCUGGCGGAGGAAUGGACCGCUCCCCCUGAAGUACCGAGUCCAGCCAGCCUGCAAGCGGCUCACCCUGCCCACGGUGCCCACGCCUUCAGAGGGCACCAACACCAGCGGGGCAUCAGAGUGUGAGUCGGUCAGCGACAAGGCCCCCAGCCCCGCCACCCUUCCGGCCACCUCCUCCUCCUUGCCCAGCCCUGCGACCCCCUCCCAUGGCUCUCCCAGCUCCCACGGCCCCCCGGCCACCCACCCUACCUCCCCCACUCCACCUUCGACUGCCAGUGGGGCCGCCACUGCUACCAACGGGGGCACUUCGAACUGCCUGCAGACGCCAUCCUCCACCAGCAGGGGGCGCAAGAUGACUGUUAACGGAGCUCCUUGCCCCCCUUAACUUGAGGAAAGGGACCCUCUCCCUCAGCAGCCACCUCUCCCCUGCCUUCUACUUUUUCUGGGCCCCUUUUUCCACCUUCGACUUUCCCUGGUUCCUCCCAUCUUCAGAGUGGGAGGUGGGUUUUAUAAAUAAAUCUAUCUAUAUAUAUAAAUAUAUAUAUAUGUACAUAGGAAAAACCAAAUAUACAUACUUAUUUUCUAUGGACCAACCAGAUUAAUUUAAAUGUCACAGGAAACAAACUGUGUGUGUGUGUGUGUGUGUGUGUGUGUGUGUGUGUGUGUGUGUGUGUGUGUGUGUGUGUGUAAGUGUUUGCGUCUAGGGGGUCUUCUGUAGUUUGCUCUGCUCUUCUGGGGGGAUUACCUGGUGGUCUUAGGAGGCCGUUGGAAGUAUUAAGGCCUUCUCCUGUGUUCCUUCUGCUUCCCAGGGCAGACAGAGGGCAUGGUGGGUCUCCCAGCUGACCAGAUAUGGGGUUUGUUUCCACUGUUCCCCACCCCACCCAUCUCUAAGCCCCCCGUGUUGAAUGUCCCGAGAUUGCUAAGACAGUGCCUUUGACAAGUGUGGUUUGUCCCCUGCCUGUGAGGGUCGAGUGGCCGUGGAGAAAGCAUCUCCCUCACCUCUUUGGACAGCGGGAACCUUGUGCAAAGAAUGGAUAGUUCUACCUUUUUUUAUAUUGCCCCCCCCACCUCCUUUUUUUCUUCUUUUCUGUGUGUGGCCUUUGCAUCAUUUACCUUUGUGGAAGAGAAGAUUCAGGCUACGGGGAGACCCCGGCCCUGCCAAGUCUAUGUGUGACUUUCCUCCUGCCCUACCCUGACCCAGGAACCCAUACUAGCAAGAUGGAGGUGACACUCACUGGGGGCCUAGAGUGGAGGGUUAGGACGGGUAAGCCCGGACAAGCACAGACUCCAGUUCUGCCCAAGGCCAACAGCUCUCCAGUCUGUUUCCCCAACCCUAGCUGAGGCCGAGCAGGGACAGGCACAGGCAUGCAGAAGCACAAGAAAAUAAAGUGUAAGCUAACCCCGACUCUACCUAGUGGACCACCUAUUAGGGGCAGACCUUGCCUACCUGGUUUUCCUCAAGUGUACAUAGAUGGAUGGGGGGGGCGGGGGCAGGGGGAGGGGGAGAACCAGGGUAUUGGCUCAGGUAUGUGAGGUCCUGAGCCCAUGGGUCUGUUUGCACCAUGUCCUGAGUCUGAGGUCCUGUGACUGUACCCUCCUGUCCUGGUCAUUUGUUAUCUCUUGGUUUUGUAAUAAAUGCUGCAUACUCUCU